AUGAUAAAAAGUAUACCACUGGGAUUAACGUCGCACACAUUAAAAACUUCAAUGAAAAAAAAAUUCCUGGAUGGCGAAGAAGAUCCAGAAAAGGUUUACGUCGUAGAGUGGCAUGACGGGCCAGAACCUCUUGGAGGUCGGAUCUGUUAUAACGCUAGAGUUAUUGCAAUCUUAAAAAAAAUUACUGUUUUAGAAAAAAAAUUUAAAGCAUUGGAUGGCAUGCAGUCACCAAGACGAGUAGAUCCAAAGCUUUUUGAUAAGGAUGUCUCUCUGAAGGCUAAAGAGCCACAGAAACCAGAGAAAAAAAAGAGAAGCUUAUGGUGA